AUGACGUACCGGCCACCCGGCCGCAGCCAUCGCGCCGGCCGCGCGCAAGCCGACAACGACAUCUUCGAAGGCCUGCCCGUGAAGCAAUGGGGCCAAACCAUCGCGCACAUCUCCCUGGCCCCGCCCAAAUCGGAAAUCGCCCAAGUGGAAAACGACAAAUGGGGAGACGCGCCAAUGCCACGAGACUAUCAGCUUCUGUCGCCAUGGACGCAACAACUUCUGCGCAUAGCGCGCAGCGGCAGAACGGGCAACAAGCGCAAGCCCGAUCCGGACUCCCUGGACGACGACAAGCAGGACGAUGAGGCCGCGGAAGACAACAACAACAAAGCCGCCAACUUCGAGGAUCGAGGCUACAUCGCGAAGAAGUGGAAGCCGGUCCCCGAAGCCCUGCUCGAGCCGGAGCACAAGCACUUUGAAUUCCUCGCCAAGCGCCGCAAAGGCCUUCCCAAUUUAUAUGCCCCCGAAUUCCACAGCGGCACCACGGUGGCGAUGCGCAAGACCAAAGUCCAAAAAGUCAGCGCCGACGGCGAAAUCACCAUCUACGACGUGCUCGUGCCCGAAGGCCAGACGGUCGAAGGCGAGGUGGCCGAGACGACGGAGCUGGCCGAUAUCAAGCCCGUCGCCGCCGCGCCCGGCACCGUGAUCGAAGGCGUGGGCAUUGCGAACGACGAGGGCGUCGUGGUGGCCGAGCACCUCAAGCCGGCCGCGGCGCCGCGCCGCAAUCGGCCGCCGCCGAAGAAGAAGGGCGGGCCCGGCCGCGGCAAGAAGCGCGUCACUUUCACCAACCCGGACGGCUCCACUUACACUACUAUUGUGCCCAAUGCGACGAAGAUUGUCCCGCAGCCUGGGCAGACGGUCACGCACGUCGCUAAGGGCGAGGAGGCCAAGGCGGAUAUUACGGCGGAGCAGGCCGCGGCGCACGCGGCGCAGAACCCGGCGGGCGAGAACGAGGGUGAGGAUGGCGAGGAAGGGGAGGGCAGCGACGAGGAAGGCGAAGAAGGGGACGACGACGACGACAGGGAGGAGGGAGAACUAUCCGAAGAUGCGACGAGUGCGGCUCCCAGUGGUGCGCCGAGCGCUGCGCAAACUCCCGUGCCACCCGGCAAAGCCAAAUUCGACGCCCUGGCCCCGAUCAAGACGACGGAGGAGGACGUGGUCAUGGAAGACGAUGCUCCCGCUCCCGCUCCCAUUGAAGCGCUUGCGACUCAAGACCUUUCUGCCGUGCCCGUUGAAGAGCCUGUGACGGACGUCCCCGCCGUGCCGGUCGAAGAACCUGCGCAACGCGAGACUUCGAGCUCGCCGGACCUGCCGUUAGCAAACGCUUCUCAUAGCCGCUCGGGCUCGAUACUGUCGCCGCCUCCCCCGGCCGUAUCAACGAACGUGGAGCCUCCUCUUGUGGAAAGCACGGAGCCCGCCAUAGAAGCUGCCGCGGCAGAGGCAGUGACCGAGGCUGAAGCAGAGGCUGAAGCAGAGGCUGAAGCAGAGGCUGAAGCAGAAGCAGAGCAGCCCGUCGCGAGUCUCGAAGAUAGCAUGGGCGAUACAGAGGUCAAGGAAUUUGAGGACCGCGAUGAGGAUCUGCCGGGCAGUCUCGAGAAGUCUGUCGAAGACGAGCGGGGGGAGCAGGGGGAAUAG